AUCAAUGCGAACCGGAUUACUUCUCCUUUUUUCUUUUUCUUUUUUUUCUUUCAUGCAUUUUGCAUUUAAACAUCAUAUUUCCUAUGUUGUGAUAUUGUUGCAUUCUUGCUGCUGAAAGAUCCACAGAGGGAUUCAGGGAUUCAGCUUUGUUUUCUUGGGAAAACUCUGAGGUGGAGCUGAGAAUUUGGGAAAUAUUGGGAGAAUUUUUUUCACCUUUUAACAUAAAGAAAAACUUUUUCUGCAUUAAUAAGCUGCAAAAACAACCAGGAGCUCUCCACACUGUUUCUGCAGGAAUAUUCUGGGAAUGUUGGAGUGAUUGUUCCUCCCACAGAGAGCAGGAGCUGAUCGGAGCUAGAUGAGGCUUUCUGGUGACCCUGCACCGGCGACCAUGAACAGCAGCACCGGGUCUGGGAACUUUCUGCUGGUCCCCAUACCGGAGUAUCCUCCUCUGGACUGUGUGCCCAACAAGACCGUCAAGAUUGUGGUGCUUGGGGCGAGUAACGUCGGGAAAACCGCUCUGAUUGUCAGGUUUCUUACAAAGAGGUUCAUCGGGGAUUAUGAAGCAAACACAGGAGCGCUCUACUCCAGAAAGGUCACACUGGAUGGGGAGGAAGUGUCGCUUCAGAUCCAGGACACUCCCUGUGUCGCUCUCCAGGAUGAUGCUGAGGGCCUGUACUGCCAGGAGCAGAUCAACAGGUCGAUCUACUGGGCAGACGGAUACGUGCUGGUUUUCUCCAUCACCGACCACAACAGCUACCGCACCAUCCAGCCGCUGUACCAGCACGUCCGGCGCAUACACCCCUCUGGGAAUAUCCCCGUUAUACUGGUUGGAAACAAGAGCGACCUGCUCAGAGCCAGACAAGUACCGGCCGACGAAGGAGAGACGUUAGCAGCUUCGCUAGGAGGAGUUUACUUUGAGGCCUCGGCCAGAGAGAACCACGAGGGAGUCCACGCCACCUUCCUCCAUAUCUGUCAGGAGGUGAUCCGGGCGUUCGGAGGAGGUAACGGGGAGAAACGAAGAGGAGGCCUCCACCUGGCCAGACCCAAAUCUCCCAACAUGCAGGAGCUGAAGAGGAGGUUCAGACAGGUCCUCUCCUCCAAAGUCAAGUCAUCCACGACUCUUUGAUCGCA